AAAACCCUUCACCUAGAAAGAAGGGGCAGAAGAGUGCUGCCUGUCUUUCCAGUUGGACCCUAAGCGAAAUCUUCUUCAAUUAAAAGACGGACGUUUAUUACGUGACACUUUCUCCUGUCCCCAGACGGUGCGAUGAUGUUCCCAGGUGUUAUUGCGCCACCUGCAAUGUAUCCAAGCCUCCUGCGGCCAUCGACUACUCUGACACUUCCACAGACUUUGCAAUCUGCGUUUACCACGCACUCUAGCUUUUUAGUGGAGGACCUGCUCAGGAUCAGCCGACCUGCCAGCUACUUGCAUCGGACUGUCCCAUCACCAACCGUGUCUCCGCCGAGCUCAGGAACCACGACUCUGAACACUGCGUCACCUGACCACGUUAACACCUCCACCUCAGUGGCAGUGUCACGCGGAACAUGCUCACCACAGACUUCACUGUCCACCAACAGCGACCCCAACUACCUGAAGUUUGGAGUUAACGCCAUACUGGCGCCAUCUUCAAGAAAUGAAUCGUCGCCUCCUUCUGUUCAGUGCCUGCACCCCAAAGCCUUCCCGUUCUCGUAUUUUGACGGAUCUUUCCACCCCUUCAUCCGAUCUUCCUACUUCCCAGCAUCUUCAUCAGUAGUACCGAUUCCUGGCACCUUCUCCUGGCCACUUGCAGCCAGAGGAAAGCCACGCAGGGGAAUGCUCAGGCGGGCUGUGUUUUCCGACGUACAGCGCAAAGCACUGGAGAAAAUGUUCCAGAAGCAGAAAUACAUCAGCAAACCGGACAGAAAGAAGCUGGCUGCGAAGCUCGGUCUCAAGGAUUCGCAGGUAAAAAUUUGGUUUCAAAACAGAAGAAUGAAGUGGAGGAAUUCCAAAGAGAGGGAGUUACUCUCUUCCGGAGGGUGUAGAGAACAGACCCUGCCCACAAAAAUGAACCCUCACCCCGACCUCAGCGACGUUGGCAAAAAGUCCUCCGAGGAAGAUGAAACGGCCGGCAAACACAGCCCGCGGGUUUCGUUCUGCCACUCGGCGGCAGAACACAAAAUCAUGGACAUCGAGUCGCACCUGUCGUCGCCGGCGAACUCCAGAAAACACUCAGACUUCUCAGAAUCCGAGGAAGAGGAAAUCACGGUUUCAUAAAUAUUGACAAUAAAUUAUGUUUAUAUAAAACUGACUGUUAUAUAUAUAUAUAAAUUUAUGUAACCAGCCCUUUUAUAAUAUUAAAGAGGAUUAUCCCUUUAUUUAAUCGCUGUUACUUGAAAUAAUUUAAGUUAUGUCCUUGUUAACUUGCUCCUCUGGGCAUGUUAAAACCACAUAUUCACUUGGCGUUUUGAAUAAAAAUUGCAGACUUUGAUCGAUUCACUUUCCACUUUCCAGUGCUUCAGAAGGAAUAAAGUUCUUAAAUUGCAAUUCUACAAAAAAAAAUCAUCUCGUAUAAAGGGAUAAACUUCUUUGAAAUUACUUGCUGUGUUUGCACAGCUUUUGUGAAAUGUACAGUAUUUUGUACAAAUAUUCUUUUGUAUGGAAAUUUUAUACCAAGAGUAUUAUGAAUGGCUAUACAGUUUUUACAUUAGGUUUUUAAAGCCUUUUUUAACUAAGAAAUGUAGAAGUUCAAUGUAUAACUUAUAAAGAAAUAUAUUAUUUUGUACGCUUCUGUCCACGAAGUUGAAAUGUGUAGCUUAUAUAUGUUAAAUGUUUUGUAUAAACACCAAAUAAAAUCUAGA